AUGGAUCCGGAAGAACAGAAUACGCUGAGAUGUGAAGUAACAAAUGUAUUUGGACAUCUACUGAGACACAGAUAUUGUCCCGACCAGGAACACUGGCGAAGAGGUACAGAGUAUGCUUUUCAAACAUUCACGCAGAUGAAGACGACGCCACAAGGUGGAGCUCCAGGCAUUGAGGGUCCUGUUGUCGACGGACUGUGUACCAUGUGUGGGUAUGGACACAAUAGGAAGCAUAUAGAAGCAGUAGAUUUGGACAUAGUAACCUGGUUAAUGAACGAAGGGAAAAUAUUGGCAGGAAUGGAUAAAAUAGAAGAAGGGGCUGAAUGUAACACGAAGUGGAAGGAGUACACAGUUCACAAGAUGAACAAGCAUGGCACUGGAAAAGUGGACGAAACACAAAUUCCUGAAAUAAAGAAAGACGAGGAGAAACUAACGAAGGAGGCGGUGAAAACUAUUGAAAAGGUUACAAAGGUAGUGGAACAGAAAAUUCAAGAAAUAGCAGGUAAGCACACGAAUAGUAAGAAUGCGCAUAACAAGAACAUACGGCCGCUACGAAUAUACGGCAGGUCCUCAUGUAAACCAUACGAAUAG